GUCUAAUACUAACAGAUCUAGUGACGAGCAAAAGGGAAGGGAUAAGAGAAUUUAAGUGGAGGAAACGAUUUAGAACAAAGAGCAAGUAAUAAUUGAGAAUAAGAAGAAAGAGAUAACAUAAGUAUAAGAGAAUUUAUCGUAGAAUAUAAGCAAAAUGCCCAGGCUGUGUAGGAAUGUACUAUAGAAUUAGUAAAUCUGAUAAUUGUUUGUUUUAAAUUUUGCUUUAUCUAAUUAAAAGAAAGAUGGAUAGAUAGAUAUAUAAGUUAAGCAAAUUUUGCAAACCAAUUCCUCUUCUUGGCAAUUUUAUAAUUUCUGAAUGCUUGAAAUUUUAUUUUAUUAUAUUCUAAUAGAUCUAGAUACCAAACUUAAUGGUAUCUAGAUUUCAAAAGUCUUGAAACUACAAUCUCCUUCUCUUUUCUAUUUCCAUCGGAAAGAGUCGACUAGUUAAUGGAUAAAUUUUGAGAAAACGAGAAAAACAUAACGAUCACGAAUCACGAGAAGUCUCCGCGUUAACAUUCUAGAAACGACUGUGAAUCUCUGAAUCAAAUUAAAAACCGGGACGUAAAGAAAAAACACAGAAAGAGUAGGUGGUUAUGUGCUAGUGAGAAUCACAAAAAAGAUACACCUCAGCAAGACAUAGAGAAUACUAAUCCAAUCACGAUAACCAAUAACAUGGAAAAAACCGUUAUCAGACGAUCCAGUUUAGAACGCAGAUUAACGGUGAUAGCGAUUUUCGGGUUCCUCUUAUGCAUCGUUUUGGCGGUUGCCAUCGCAAUUUUGGCACUUAACACAAAAUGCAACAUCACUUCCAGGACCAACAUUCUAUCUACAGCCGAGGCGUCAAACGAUUUGGAAAUAUCAAAGAACAUGAUACCAAACAAAAUGAAAUACGAUGAUAUUUGUUUAUCACCUGAAUGCAUUCACAUAGCCUCUGAAGUAAUAAAAAACAUGAAUUCUAAUGUGCACCCUUGUGAUGACUUUUACAAAUUCGCCUGUGGUGGCUUCCUCGAAUCCAAGAUUAUUUCUGACGACAAAACUAGUGUGUCUAUGUUCUCUAUUAUCGAUGAUGAUCUCAAAGAACAACUACGUCUUAGUAUCGAGCAGCAGAGUCCUCCAAACGAAUUGAGACCAUUUAGACUUGUCAAAGAUCUCUACAAGGCCUGCAUGAACAAAACCGCUAUCAAGCAAAGAGGUUUGACGCCAUUAUUAAACAGCUUAAGGAAACUCGGUGGCUGGCCCGUUUUGAACGGUAGAAGAUGGAACGAACGCGACUUCAUUUGGAAAGAUUCCGUCUACAGAUUCCGCAGAUUGGGCUAUUCCAUUAAUUACUUCAUCGGUUUUAGUGUUUAUGACGACUGGAAAAAUAAUUCGAGACGUGUGAUCAGCCUCGAUCAAGCAUCGCUCGGUCUUUCGCGCGAAUAUUUGUUGAAAGGUUUUUACGAUAAAAUCGUCCAGGCAUAUUACAAGUACAUGGUGGAUAUCGCUAUAAUUCUCGGAGCUAAUCCAGACCGAGCCCAUAUUGAACUAAAAGAAUCACUUGAAUUUGAAAUUAAACUCGCAAAUGUAAGUUUGCCCAAAGAGAAACGACGCAACAUGACUCUCCUCUACAAUCCUAUGUCUGUGAAUGAAUUGUAUACAUCCUAUCCUAGUAUACCGUGGUGGGAAUACCUUAACACCAUCCUGGAACCGCAAGCACAACUUAAUCGAGACGAAAUAAUUAUCGUAAAUGCGCCCAGCUAUCUAAAGGAUUUCGAACGGCUGAUUAGCACAACGCCGAAAAGGGUGCAGGCAAACUACGCGCUCUGGAGAGCGACUGCUGAGUCAGUUAAGUACCUAACAGAUGACAUCCGGAAGAUAGAACUGAAGUACAUAAUGGAGUUAAACGGUAAAAAAGAAAGGGAGCCGAGAUGGAGAGAAUGCAUAGGCAUUGUUUCCAACAGAAUGGAUUUUAGCGUCGGCUCGAUAUACGUGAGGAAAUAUUUUAAAGAGGACGCGAAGGAAACCGUACUCGAAAUGGUUAAUAAUAUUAAACAGGAAUUUAUAAAGAUCCUGAAGAAGGUGGAUUGGAUGGAUGAAAAAACUAGAAGAAGCGCUUUAGAAAAAGCAGCCGCCAUGUCUUUACAUGUUGCCUAUCCAAAUGAAUUGUUAGAUGAUAGAAAACUCGAUAAUUAUUAUGAAGGACUUGAACUCAGUAUUGAUAAUUAUUUAGAAAACAUUUAUAACUUGUCUACUUUUGAAAGAAAUUUCUUAUUUAGUAGACUGAGACAGCCAGUGAAUAAAACAGAAUGGAUAAAUUACGGCGCGCCGGCUGUCAUCAAUGCGUAUUCCUUACUGAAUAAGAACAGUAUUGAAUUGCCCGCGGGUAUUUUGCAAGGCAUAUUUUUCAACAAUGAACGGCCACGUUACAUGAACUAUGGCGGCAUCGGGUUUAUUAUUGGCCAUGAAAUUACUCACAACUUUGAUGAUCAAGGCAGAGAAUUUAAUAAGGAAGGUAAUCUUGUGGAUUGGUGGGAGCCAGAGACGAAGAAGCGUUAUCUCAAAAAGGCUGAAUGCAUAAUUCAUCAAUAUGGAAAUUAUACUGCAGAAGAAGUCGGAUUAAACUUGAACGGGAUAAACACCCAGGGUGAGAACAUCGCGGACAAUAGCGGCACAAGGGAAGCCUAUUAUGCGUAUAAAGAAUGGAUUAAACGAAACAAACCGGAGCAAAGAUUACCGGGGUUGCCGUACAGUCCAGAACAGAUGUUCUGGAUAAGCGCGUCCAGCAAUUAAUGCAGCAAGUUUCGACCGAAGCACUGAAACAAAUGAUUAUGUCGGAUCCCCAUAGCCCGGAUGAAUUUCGCAUCCAUGGAUCACUGUCGAACACGGAGGAGUUCUUGCGCGACUUUAAUUCUCCGGUCGGUUCCAGAAUGAACCCC